AUGGCGACCAGCGCCAAUGACAAGCCCAGAAACGUUCUGCUGAUGGUAGCAGACGACCUUGGGCGGGACUACCUAGCGUGCUAUGGCAACAGGACAAUUAAGACACCCAAUAUUGACAGACUUGCCGCAAGUGGCACUCGCUUCGCCUCAGCCUUCGCCUCAACAGCCUCUUGCUCUGGCUCCAGAUCAACAAUCUACACGGGUCUUCAUACACAUCAGAACGGCCAAUAUGGCUUGGAGCACGACUGGAACCACUUCAUGACUCACGAACACAUCGAGACCGUACCAAAAGCUUUCAACAGCCUUGGCUUCCUGACGGGCAUUAUAGGCAAAGUGCACGUAGGUCCAAGGCGAGCAUAUCCAUGGGAAGUGUUCGAAAGUAGUCAGAGUCGGAACGUAAAGUGGGUGGCGGAACGGGCAGCAGCAUUGUUUGACAGAGCUAGUGACGAGGACAAGCAAUUCCAUCUCACGAUUGGCUGGACAGAUCCCCACCGUGAUGAGACACGAGGCGGAUUUGCGAAUGAUUUCCCUGAAGUCAUCGAUGCUGGACUGGAUGCGGAGGUGCCCGACUAUGGUCUGAACGAAGUCGAAGUGCAGAGAUUUAUGACAGAUGUGCCGGAGCUGAGGACCGAGCUAGUGCAGUACUACAAAUCUAUCAGCCGGAUGGAUCUGGGCGUCGGACUCGUCAUGGAAGCUUUAAGGGAAAGAGGGCUAGAGGAGAGUACUCUAAUUGUCUUUAUGAGUGACAAUGGCGCCCCAUUUAUCAACUCGAAGACCACGAUGUAUGAUGCGGGCGUACAACUGCCACUCAUCAUCCGUCAGCCAGGACAGCCUUCUGAUAUCGUGAACCCGAAUAUGGCGUCCUUCUUAGAUAUCCUGCCGACCUCGCUAGCCUGGACAACAGGCACGCAAGAUCCACCGCUCAUCAACGACGAGCCGAUUGAUACCAAGAAGUCGCCAACACGACUGGGCAACAGUCUGCUUCCGAUACUAGGAGACACAGAUCUGAUACCUGUUUCAGAGUGGAAACACCAUGUAACAGGAAGCCACACUUUUCACGAGGUGCAGAACUACUGGCCGACUCGCUACAUACGUACACAUCGCUAUAAGUACCAUCGCAACAUAGCAUACCGUCUCGACUUUCCGUUCGCCGCUGAUCUGUACGGGUCGCUAUCAUGGGAAGGCGUGAGAAACCAAGACGGACCACAGCCGAUCGUGAUCGGUAAGCGACCACUAGAGCAGUAUCUCUUCCGCGGACCAGAGGAAUUAUACGACCUCGAACGCGACCCAGAUGAGGUGACUAGUGUUGUCCACCAGGAGGAGUAUAGAGAAGUCCUGCAGUGGUGCAGACAAAUGGUCGAGGCAUGGCAAUAUGAGACUGCUGAUCCAUGGCUGUUCAAGGAUGGCGUGAGUGCUACUGUCAUGGAGAUCUAUGUUAAGCAAGGAUUGAAACUUCCGGACCGAUACGAGAUAGAUCUCCAAGAUCCUGGGACGAAGCAUGCGAAGGCAUGGGCGCCGCCAAGAAGACCAGAGAGUCUGGAGCCGCCUGCAAUUACCUCUCAGCCCGCGCAGACGCCGCAGACGCCACAGGCGGUGAGUACAUCGCAGACAGUGGGUAUGAGAGCGACAACGACUGCACCAGCGAAAGCUUGGUCGAACUUUGUUUCAUGGUGGCAGGACAGCUGA